GCGCAGGAUGGCGGCGGCGCGCGGGCGCGUGGCGGCGGGUUCUCUGCGUGAGGCGGGCGCUCUGCGGUUCGGCCAUUUCGUGCUGAAGAGCGGCCGCGCCUCCCCCGUCUAUGUCGACCUGCGCGGCCUCGUCUCCCACCCGCUUCUUCUCCGCCAGGUUGCAGAUCUUCUCUUUCAGACGGCGAAAGAUGCUGGUCUCAAGUAUGACUGUGUGUGCGGCGUUCCUUACACAGCACUGCCCUUGGCCACGAUUAUCUGCUCGGAAAAUCAGAUUCCAAUGCUUAUACGGAGGAAGGAAGCAAAAGACUAUGGUACUAAGCGGCUGGUAGAAGGCACCAUUAAUCCAGGAGAAACAUGUUUGAUCAUUGAAGAUGUGGUAACAAGUGGAUCUAGUGUACUGGAAACUGCGGAAGUUCUUCAGAAAGAAGGAUUAAAAGUCACGGAUGCCAUAGUGCUGUUGGACAGGGAGCAGGGUGGGAGGGCCAUGUUAGAGGAACGUGGAAUUCGCCUGCACUCUGUGUGCACGUUGUCCGGGAUCUUGGAGAUUCUCCAGCAGCAGGGAGAGGUGGCUGCUGAGAUGGUUGAAAAGGUGAAGAAGUUCAUUAAGGAAAGUGUGUUUGAGCCAGCGGCUCAGAACGGUCCUGCUCCCGGGAAGAGACUGUGUAAAGAGCUGAGCUUCAGCGCUCGUGCUGAGCUGCCAGGCGUACAUCCUACUGCAGCCAGGCUUCUCGUGCUCAUGGAAAAGAAGCAAACCAACUUGUGCCUUUCUGCUGAUGUCACCAGCUCCAAAGAGCUGCUGCAGUUAGCUGCUGUCCUGGGCCCCAGCAUUUGUAUCCUGAAGACUCAUAUAGACAUCCUGAGUGAUUUCACUCAGGAGGUAGUAAAGGAGUUGAGAACACUUGCAGAUCGACACGAAUUCUUAAUUUUUGAAGACAGGAAAUUUGCAGACAUUGGAAACACAGUGAAACAUCAGUAUGAAGGUGGUGUGUUCAGAAUCGCAUCCUGGUCAGACAUCAUUAAUGCCCACGUUGUUCCAGGCUCUGGAGUUGUGAAAGGUCUGAAGGAAGUAGGUCUUCCUCUCCAGCGCGGCUGUCUUCUGAUUGCUGAGAUGAGUUCCCAGGGGUCACUUGCAACAGGCGAAUACACAAGAGCUGCAGUACAGAUGGCUGAAGACAACUCAGAUUUUGUUUUUGGGUUCAUAUCUGGAUCUAGAGUUAGUAAUAAGCCAGAAUUUCUUCACUUAACUCCAGGGGUGCAGCUGCAAACUGGAGGUGAUAACCUUGGACAGAAGUACCUAAGCCCCAAAGAAGUUAUUAGUGAAAAAGGUUCAGAUAUCAUUAUUGUGGGACGUGGCAUCUUGUCAGCUUCAGACCAUCUUCAAGAAGCAGAGAAGUACAGGAAGGCAGCUUGGGAGAGCUACAUAAGCAGACUUGGUAUUUGUGCAGAAGAUUGAAAGCAGGCCAUGUUCCUAGGCAGUAAACAAAGGUGAUGGAGCUGCAAUCAUCGUGAGACUUCCAGUUAAAUACAUAGGCACUUCAGCCAGUGGAAAAUUGCCCUUUUGGAUAAAAAUCUGUUACUAACUAAAUUAUUUUUAGUUGCACUCACAGAUCAAGAUGUACAUGCCAUGGUUGGUUUUUUCAAUGUUUGAAUGUAUGAAACUAAACCUUCCUGCCCAGUUUUUAGCUUUAAUAGCUUUUCUCCGAUGAAAAAUGGUACACGGAACACUCCAAGGGUGUUUGGUUGGCUGUUGCUUUUUGUUUCUCAUCCCCACCCUCAAAUUCCUUCUGGCUGUGGAAAGAGUAUUUUACUGUUCUUAAUAAACUUCACCUGCACACCUGACCUGCUGCCCCACUCUCACAGGAUUACUCAGUUCUGUUUCCAUGGAGCAAGUAUGGGUCUUAAUCCCAUGCUGAUAUAAUUGAAUAAUGUGUUGUUUAAUAAAUACUUUUUUUUGCUACUG